AUGUCUAGCAAUAAUAAUGAACAGAACUUUCAAAGUCAAAGCUCGUAUCUAGAUGUACCUCUUGACUAUGAGAGUCUGCUCUCAUCAAGAAUGAUGACGAGUAUGGGGAUUACUAAUAAUGAACAAAGUUUAAAGAAAGUAUUUUCUGAUCUUUGCCUUGCGUGUAGAUCGGGAGAUCUUGAAACCGCUGAUUCUCUUUUGUCAACACCCAGUCUUGAUAUCAAUCAAGUGGAUGAAUGGGAUUAUUCACCUUUGAUUUUAGCCUCCAUAUGUGGGCACACUAAGAUUGUUGAAUUACUAUUGUCAAGAGGUGCUGUUUGCGAUAGAGAUACCUUUCAAGGGGCUAGAUGCAUCUACGGGGCUCUAAAUGAUGAAAUUCGUGACCUACUAGUAAGCUUUGAUAUAUCCAAAAGUGUAGAUUUAUCGCAGCCUUUUGCUAGCCACAUUUCAUCCCUUCUCAAUACAACGAGUGAAAUAAAGACUACAGACAUUGCAUUUUAUUUUCCAUAUGCAAAGACUUCUAAUGGGGAAAGUCGGGUUUUUGCUUUAAAUAGGUUUUUGAUGGCCGCAAGAAGCCCUUAUUUCCGUCAGAAGUUUCAAGGUGAAUGGAAAAAUUUGACAGUCGUAGAGGUACAACUGGAUGUUGAUCCAAUUGCUUUCAAGGCAAUUGUUAAUUAUGUCUACCUAAAGACAGAUGCGAUUCCAGUUGAUCAGGUCGAUGUAAGAACAAAUUUGAGGAAACUAGCGAUUAGAUAUAAUUUAGAUGAUCUUUUAAAGGGGAUUGACAUGAUAAGUAAAGCAGAGGAUGACAAACAUAGGGCAAAAAUCAAACAUGAAAUGUCGUUUAUAUUUGUCGAAAAAGCAAGAAAAGACAUGGAUUCUUUCUUAGAAAAGCAUGUUGUAAGAAACAAGCUUAGAAUCGAUCUAAACUUGUCAACGGAAGCUGAUUCUGAAGAUUUCGACGUUCGUAUGCACAUACAAAACGAGCUGAAACAAAAAUUGCUAGAUUCUUCUGCUAUUCCUGAUAUUAUAUUAGCGGCCAUUGAUGAGGAGACAGAAUCUAUCGUAUUUUAUCCUACCAACAAGCCCAUAAUAGCACGUUCUGAGUAUUUUGAUACGAUGAUGAAAUCUGACAUUUUUAAAUCCUCAUUGCGUGAUCCGCCUUUGCAUAAAAGUAAAAUUAAUCAACUUUCAUGGCUGGUAAUUGAUAGAGUCUCAUUGAAUCACCAAGACAUCCCCGUGAUUCAAAUUUCAUCAAGCUGCACAGACGAACAAGUUGCAGAAAUAAUUUUAUCUUUCUUUUACCACGACGAUGUGAAACAAAUCCCCCUCCAUUUGAGUGUUGAAUUGCUUUUCGCCGCUGACGAGUUAUUUUUGGACAGACUUAAGACGAUGGCUGCAGUCAAAAUAACUUCAAGUGUAUCUCAAUUAACUUACGACGAAUUUAAGUCUCUAGCCGAUUCUUUUGGCUAUGAUGCAUAUGACUUGAUUCGAGUCGCUUGGAAUAUCAACUGUGAAAAACUAGAGCAACAUAUGACAAAACUUAUAGCUCACAACUUAGAGACAAUAUAUCAUAACCAUGAAGAGAAGAAAAGGUUUAGUUCACUUAUCAAAGAGAGUGCAUCACGAAUCGAGGAGAGACAAGAUACGGAUACAAUUGAAUUAAUAGAUGAUAUAAGGUAUUAUUUGGGUAAGAAAUACGCUAUUGGGGAUCUGUUCAAAGACUUUGAGGAUCUUGGUCCAACUAUAGGAGGUACAAAAGGAUCUGAAGAUAUUCUUAUUCUUAAAAAAUCCAUCAAAAUGUAUGACAGAGAAAAUGAAAUGAUUGAUCUGUUAUUGGAAGAGUUGGCUUUAGAUGCUUAG